CGGGUGCUGUCACCGUUCUGGACUUGCUGCAUGGAUCAAUAUAAAUAGCAACAAAACUAAUUUAUCAAAAUUUUUAAUAUUCUGUAUUGGAAAACAGAACGUAGACAUUGACAUUAUAUAUAUAUAUUUAUAACAUUUUAAUGAGAAGUCGUUUGCAACUGCUCUUGGCCUUAUUGGCAAAUUUUGUCCUUGCUGCUUACUUUACUACUCGCCGUCACCAACUAGCGAAUCAAUUUGCUUCAAUAACAAGAGAUGUUGAGGUCUUGGAACGUUCGAACAGACAACUUGAAGGAGAACUAAGAUUUGCAGCAGAAACAGAAUCUGAAGUUUUAGAAAGCUUGAAAGAUAAUUAUGCAAGAUUAAAAGAUCUAACAGAAUAUACUAAAAGCAAUACAUUGCGAAUCAAAGGUAUCGAGGAAAAAGAUGGCGAAAACCUGGAAGAAAAAAUCACUGAAUUGGCAGAAUACAUGGGAAUCAAGCUCUUACCAAAUGAUAUUAAUCGAGUCAAUCGGGUUAGACUUAAAACUGCAAAAAAUACAUCAGCUCCACGUGUGAUCGCUCUCGAAUUAUCAAACAACAAGCUGAAAACUCGAUUACUGCGCCAAUCAAUAACAUCACUAAACAACUCACCAUACUCCAUGCAAGAUGACGUAACAAAUCACAUGAUGCCUGACGCUUUCAAGCCGGUAGAAAACACAAGAUUCACGAAAGGCUGUGAAUUCAUAAGUUCUGUCAAAGAGCCAGUUACAAGGGGACAGGCGAAAAAAAUGUUCGGAGCAUUUCUGCAAGACCCAAUUCCGUCUCCUGAUGGAAUUCGGGACACUUACGUAUGGUUAUUACCACAUUUUUAUGAGAACAACGUUGUGGAAGAAUAUGCAAAUGUACAUGAAAUGUCAUUUAAGAGAUCACGAACUACAUAUAAAGUACCCUACGAAUGGGCAGGGACCGGUCACGUAGUUUACAAUGGAUCGCUAUAUUUCGUCGUUUUCAAUUCAACUAAAAUGGUAAGAUAUGAAUUUGCUACAAGAUCAGUUCUACGUGAACGAAAAUUACCCGGAGCAGUUUCUGGAAAUGUGGCACCAUAUCAGUGGUCUGGAUCGACCGACAUCGAUUUCUCGACCGAUGAAUCCGGAAUAUGGGUAAUAUAUGCAACGAAUGACAACACCCUCGAUAUUGUGCUCAGUAAAAUUCACCAAGAAACUCUGGAGGUUCUCAAGACCUGGAAGACAAACUGGCGGAAACGAUGGUCUGGCAACGCUUUUAUGGUGUGUGGAGUAUUAUACGUUCUCAGAAAAUACGACGAACACCACACCUCACUCAGCUACGUUUACGACACACGGACGAAACGAUAUAACCGCACAGAUAUUGCAUUUUCCAACAAAUAUGAGUGGAAUACAAUGCUGGAGUAUAAUUUCAGAACGGAGCAAAUUUAUGCCUGGGAUAGAGGUUAUCUCGUCACAUACAACAUUACUUUAGCAGCACAACUAUCAUAAAUUAUUUGAUAUCGUUUAUCGUUUCAGGAGCCGUCAUUAAUUUUAUGUUUUGAUAGUAUAGCAAAAACAUAUCAUGACGUCAUAUUCCAUCGAACAAUGAUCUAUUAUUGAUUAAAAAUGCUAGCUUUGUUUUUUAUUAUUUGAAGACAGACUGAAUUAACCUACUUGAUUCCAAUCCAACUUAUAAUUCCACGUUGGUUUUCAAUAUUUGAUUGAUCUGACUUAUUUUAUAACUGUAUUUAUUUUAUAAUUGAUUAUUUAUUAAAGUUAAAAAAAUGAAUUUCUUUUAUUGUAUUUGUAUUUCCGGUGAGAAGUAAAUCGAACAUUAUUCAUAUAUAUAUACAGAUAUUAUAUCCAUGGAUUAUUAAGAGUGAAUUUCAAAAGUAACCUUUGCAAUAGAUUGAUAUAACUCACGUUUUUGACUCGAAAGACAUGUGUGCAUAAAGUUAAUUUAUUGACAUGUUUGCGGCUUUAUAUUUUAUUUAAAGGUGAGAUUUAAAAGGCAUUGAAUUUCUAAUCAGAAAUAGAUACAUAAAUCGUCAUUUUUUGAUUGUUGUUGAAUCCUGCGUUUAGUAAAGUUUUAGACUAGA